GACCGUUUGCGCACGUCUCCAUCCAUGUCUCACCAAUGCUGCCCUGUGUCUCCAGAGGGAGCCGCAUUCAUUACCACCUCAGCUUUUGGUUUCUAAAUGGUUUUCUGGGGGAGGAUUUCUAACCGGCGAGAUGCUGCUCGUACUCCUGCUGGCAGCCUUUUCUUCUUCCAUCUCCGGUUCCCUCUCUUCCUCCCUCUCCUCUCCCUCCAUGUCGGACGGCCCCCCAAUGGCAGAUCCGUCCGUCUCGGACUUGAUGGCGGAGACCUGCAGCGCCUGCUCUUGCAUGUCAGUGGAAAAUGUGCUGUAUGUCAACUGUGAGAAGAUCACCGUCUACCGACCCACGCAGCUCAUCCCACCGGCGUCAUCCCUGUACCACCUUAACUUCCAGAACAACUUCUUAAUCAUACUCUACCCAAACUCAUUUCUGAACUUCACCCACGCUGUGUCACUGCAGCUGGGAAACAAUAAACUGCAGAACAUUGAAGGUGGAGCGUUCAUGGGGAUGAGCUCAUUGAAACAGCUGCACCUUAACAAUAAUGAGUUAAAGGUGCUGCGAGCAGACACUUUCCAAGGGAUAGAAAACUUGGAGUACCUUCAGGCUGACUACAACUUAAUAAAAUAUAUUGAAAAGGGAGCAUUUAACAAACUGCACAAACUAAAAGUGCUGAUCCUGAAUGAUAAUCUCAUACAGGCCCUUCCCGACAACAUAUUUCGCUUUGCCUCACUCACACACUUGGAUAUAAGAGGGAACAGGAUCCAGAAACUUCCUUAUUUGGGGGUUCUGGAGCAUAUAGGGCGUAUUGUAGAGCUACAGCUUGAUGACAACCCCUGGAAUUGUACAUGUGAUUUAGCACCUCUUAAGGCGUGGCUUGAAAACAUGCCCUAUAAUAUUUUUAUUGGUGAGGCCAUAUGUGAAACACCAAGUGACUUGUACGGGAGGCUCCUGAAAGAAACCAACAAACAGGAGCUUUGUCCCAUGGGCACAGGAAGUGACUUUGAUGUUAGGAUGCCACCCGUACCACCAGAUAAUGGGCAGUUGCCCUCGAAAAUGUCCCCAACCACCAUGGCUCCCAUAGCCACAAAAGCGCCAAAAACCACUGACUCAUCUAAAAUUUACGGUAAUGGUAUUGUGGCUGGUUUGCCCCCUUUUGGAAGAAAUAGUCAGAUUGCUUCCUUUCAGACACGGACCCCUCCAUUGUUGUGUCCACAGCCCUGCAGCUGUAAAGCCCACCCCUCUGACUUUGGCAUUAGUGUCAGCUGUCAGGAGAGGAAUAUUAAAAAUCUAGCUGAUCUCAUUCCCAAACCCCCAAAUGCCAAGAAACUGCACCUGAGUGGGAAUUUCAUCCGUGACAUAAGCCCGACUGAUUUCCAAGGGUUUGAGGGCUUAGAUUUGUUACAUCUCGGCAGCAAUCAAAUUGUCACUGUCCAGAAAGGUGUGUUUGCUAACCUCACUAACCUGAGGAGACUGUAUUUGAAUGGAAACCAGCUCGAACAGUUACACCCUGAGAUGUUUUUGGGCCUCACAAACCUACAGUACCUAUAUUUGGAAUACAAUGCCAUAAAAGAAAUCUUAGCGGGCACAUUUGACUCUAUGCCGAACCUACAACUCCUGUAUCUCAACAAUAAUGUUCUGCGGAGUCUCCCCGCCUACGUGUUUGAGGGUGUCUCUUUAGCCAGACUGAAUCUGAAAAACAAUCACUUCAUGACCCUGCCAGUGAGCGGUGUCUUGGACCAGCUGCGGUCAUUGACCCAGAUAGACCUGGAAGGGAACCCAUGGGAGUGUUCCUGUGAUCUGGUCGCCCUCAAACUCUGGCUAGAGAAGCUGAGUGAUGGAGUGGCUGCCAAAGAGGUGAAAUGUGCCUCCCCUGUGCAGUUCUCCAACAUUGAGCUGCGCCUCUUGAAAAAUGAAAUCCUGUGUCCUAAGCUUGUUGCAAGGCCGCCAUUUAUUCUCACUAGCGCCACCCCUGUUUUGACCUCAGUGUCGCCAGCCGGAGUUGGCAAAGCACCACCAGGAGGGCCUGUGCCUCUCUCGAUUAUGAUUCUCAGCAUCCUUGUAGUGCUUAUCCUUACUGUGUUUGUGGCCUUCUGCCUUUUAGUAUUUGUCCUGAGACGGAAUAAAAAACCAGUGGGCAGGCAGGAGGGGCUAGGGAAUCAGGAGUGCGGCUCCAUGUCUUUGCAACUCCGGCGACACAGCCAUAAAUCUGGCAAGAAAGGUUCCAUCCCAGGAGACGACUUGGGAGGCGAGACAUUCAUCCCCCAGACCAUUGAGCACAUUGGCAAGAGCCACACCUGUGGGAUCGGGCGCUCCUCAGACAUGGAUGCCGGGUUCAAGUUUGCAGAUUCACAGAGGCAGAAGAUCAUCUUCCGGAACAGUGCAGACAAGGAUAAAGACUCACUUUCCACCCUGGAGCGCAACAAACGCCUCAGCACCAUCGAUGAACUCGAGGAGUUCCUCCCCAACCGAGAGCCCAGCAUGUUCAUUCAGAACUUCCUGGACAGCAAAAGAGAUUUCAACAGUAUAGGGAUGGGUGGCUACGAAAUCCGCUACCCGGAGAAAACACUGGAUAAAAAGAUGAAGAAGUCGUCACUGAUAGGAGGGAACCACAGUAAGAUCGUGGUGGAGCAGAGAAAAAGUGAGUAUUAUGAGUUGAAAGCCAAGCUUCAAGGAACGCCUGAUUACCUGCAGGUGCUCGAGGAGCAGACUGCACUAAGUAAAAUGUAGGGAUUGUUGUGUUUGAUUUAGUGCAUUGAUUACAAUUACACAUACACAAGGAAGUCAGACACACAUACAGGCUGACAGACAGCCAAACACACCUGCCUUUCUCUAGUUCUUUCUCCCCUUCUAGCCACACACAUACACAUACACGAACACACACACACACACGCACGCGCGCGGACCCACAUCUUUCAACCCCUCUGAUCCCUCGCUUUCUGUCUUCAUCUCUCUCCCUUUCUCUCUGCACACACACACACACACAAUCCCACAUGCACACACACAGCAAAAAGUGCCUUCUGGAAAUCCUUAAUGACCAAUGCAGAGAUGGACAAAAUGGCUCCACACUACAAAGCUAUUACUAGCUAUUCCACAGUAAAAGACCUUUUGGAUUAUCCAUGCUACUACAUGUAUGAAUCCCACAUACAUACCACAGGACACCCUAAAAAGCAACCAGACAGUCAUAGUAUUUUUGCUGCUAUUGAAAUGGGUACUUACCUUCUUUUUUUUUGUUGUUCUUGUUGUUCUUUUUCCCCUCCUUUUGUUUUUCCAACCAAAUCAAAGGGUCUUGAAAACAGUGCUUGAGAAUAUACCUUGGCAUCUUCAACCCUCGUUUAAAAAAAAGAGAAAAAAGAAAAAAGGAGGCAGCAUUGGUUGUUGUUCUUUUGCUCUGGAAAGUAUACAAAAUCACUACUUCUGGGAAGAGAUUAACAGAAUCAAUGACUCAACGGAUGCUACUUUGCUUUUUGUUUUUUUAUUAAUUUGUGGGGAUAUCUGUUUGUUCUUGGGGAUGCUCUCUGGAGUCGCUGCAGGCUCUCUGCCAUCUUGUCUGGAUUACACACCAGUAGCAGUACACCUGCUCUUUGCCGGGAGCCUAAACGGCUCCUGUUUUCCAUUCAUGGGAAUUGGAGGCACUGAAAAACUCUUUUGGGAAAUGAUUUCAGGACUUGUUUUCUUUGUGUAAAGAGCCAUGUUCAAUAUAGUGUCUUCUGAAUGGAGUUGUGUUUCUCUUCAAAAUGGUACUUACAGUAACUGUAUGUUUUGGGUGAAAUCUAACGGCACAUACCCUGUCAGAGGACGUUGUUUCUGAAAAAUGAAAAACCCGAGGAUAAAAAAUUACAAAGCUGCUUGCCAUGUAAGCGUAACCUGGAAUUUAUUUUGUAAGUCUUACAUUAUUUGUAUCUGUGGGACUUGUUUGUAAAUUACAAGGAAAGACAAGCAUCUGCACACACACACACACACACACACACACACACACACACACACACACACACACACACACACACACAAAACAUACACACACUGUACGAUGGAGCAUCAUCACCAAGAGACUACAAGCCAGAAUUGUCAAACAAACCACUAAUAUAAUUCAAUCGGUGAGCCACCUCCCCUUGUCAGCACUCAAUUCGUAGUGAAGGAAUUUAACAACAUAGUUAAUUUAUUUUUCUAUGCAGGAUUAUUUAAAGAGUUAUUGGUAUUAUUUAAAAAGAAUAAUACACAAGGAGUGGAAAGGACUUGAUAGAACAAUGCAUCAGAGCUAAUUCAGGCCACCAGAAAUGACUGCUGAGUCGAUUCAAGGGUUUUCGUUUCUCUCAGUUUACUGAAGAACUCAAGCCACUGGACGAUGGUUGUGAAAUGUGAUCUGUGAUGUUCCCUUUUUAUUGUGUCGCACGACAAACGGAGGCCUGAAAGAGUCUGUGAAGUUUCAAGCAGUUUCCUUAUUCUUAUAUCUCCCACAGUAUCUUGUAAAAGGUUUCUUAUUAACAUUAUGCAACCAAAAUAAAUGUGCAUUAAACUUGAUAUGGUUCUGGAAUUGAUGGGAUGGGAAUGGAGACAUUCAGAGGACAGGGAAGGCUACAAAUUGAGGCUCUAAAUUGUUAGAUUUGGAAAGAAUCAUAUCAUAAAACACCAUGUGCAAUAUUAGUAAAAAUGCUCAGUCAUGAUGGCUUCAAAUGAUUUUGUUUAAUUUAUUUAGUUUGAGGUUAUAUUGUCAAGACAGGUUCUAUUUCGAAAUUCUUUUAUCAACUUAACUCUAUCCGGUCCUUAUUUAAAAAGUAUUGUUAAGUUAAAAUUAUGAGUGUUU